GCUCGGGCCCAAGCGGAGGCCCUCCACAUUGGGGAUGUACACUUUUCUGUCAAGCCUGGUUCCAGCACCUCCUCUCCCAAGCUCCACUCCAGCGCCGCGGUGCACCGGCUCAAGAAAGACAUCCGGCGAUGCCACCGCAUGUCCCGGCGCCCCCUGCCCCGUCCAGACCCCCAAAACGGCGGGAGCGUGGGUGGCGGGGCUGGCAUCCGUCCUCCCGUCUCGCCCUUCUCGGAGACCGUCCGCAUCAUCAACCGUAAGGUGAAACCCCGCGAGCCCAAGCGCAGCCGCAUCAUCCUCAACCUCAAAGUCAUUGACAAAGGCGGGAAGCCNGGGAAGCCAGCCAAUGGGGCCGGGGGCCUGGCUCGGCCCAAGAUCCCGUCCCGAAACCGCGUCAUCGGCAAGAGCAAAAAGUUCAGCGAGAGCGUCCUCCGCACCCAGAUCCGUCACAUGAAGUUUGGCGCCUUUUCACUCUACAAUAAGCCGUCCACUGCGCCUGCCCCCUCUCUGGAAAGCAAAGGGGAGGCCGAAGGCUCCCAGGCAGCCUCCUGUGGGCUCAUUAUGGGCUCCACCCCCUAUGAUGCCCCCAGCUCCAGCUCCUCCGGCUGCCCGUCGCCCGCCCCCCACUCCUCCUCCGACCCAGAUGAUUCCCCUCCGAAGCUGCUCCCCGAGACCCUCAGCCCAGCCAUCCCCGACUGGCGUGAGUCGGAGGUCCUCGACCUCUCGAUCCCACCCGAGUCAGCCGCCACCAGCAAGCGUUCUCCCCCAGGAGGGUGCAGCGGGGGGCAGACGCCCUCCUUGUCCCUUUCCUCUUCUGACCCAGAACAGGAGGCCGGCGACUGGCGUCCUGAGAUGUCCCCUUGCUCUAACGUGGUGGUCACGGAUGUCACCAGCAACCUCCUCACCGUCACCAUCAAGGAGUUCUGCAACGCGGAGGAUUUUGAGAAGGUGGCGGCAGGCGGUGGCGGCGGAGGAGGCAGCAAGUGA